AUGGCUUCACGUCCUACCAAGCUCGACACCGAGAUCAACGACGUGAAAGCGUCGGUGCAGGCGACGGGCGACGACCCCAAAGCGCUUACCCAGGCCCUCGGCGACGUCAAGGCGACGGUGGGGGCGACCGACAACGUCGACUUGGACGACACUAAUGCCCGUUACUCGGCGUAUUUCGCUCGUAUCCGGACAAUCAUGAGAGCCUCUCAUCGCUACAUUGCCUACCUGAGUGAUGUCGGCGAGUCGUUCCGUCCCGUGGCCCACCCCGGGUUGAUUAAGGCAGCGUACGCGUUGUCGUUCGGUUACGUGGGGGCGUCCGUCGGGUACACGUCGUGGAAGGUGUACAUGCAAGACCAGGGUCGCUACCGGCCCGGGCUCAAGCCCUGGGACACGCCACCUCCUCCCGACGCGGUGGCGGCAUCGUUGUUCAGACACAACAAUCCGAAGAAGUGGCAGCACGACUGGCGAGUGGUAGCAGUCAAGGACGGUAUUUUCCAAUUGGUGGCGCUGAUGGCGCUCCCGGCGUUCACCAUCCACUCCACUGUGCGCUACUCGCUGGUAUUGUUUAAGAAUACUAAGAACCCCCAGAUCAAGACGUGGGGGCCCGUGGCGUGUGGUCUCGCCGUGGUGCCGGCGUUGCCCUACCUCUUUGACGAGCCCGUGGAACACCUUAUUGACGGGGUCUUCGACCAAUUAGAGAAGUUUUACUAG